UUAGUACUACUAUUUUCUUAUCAAAUUUUUGACUGAGAUACUUUUUCACACUGUUUUCUCUACAGAUCUCACUACAAAAAUCUCCGAUCUCUCCAAAGAAGCCAGAAAAAUGGCCAUAUCAGCUAUGAAAAAACUCUUCAAAGAACGCAAAAUCCCAUUCUUGUUCUUUUUCUUCCUUUUACUAUUCUUCGUCACUUUCAUCCUCAUAUCCAACUCACAAAAAUCCCCUGUUUUCAUAGCCACCGACAGUUCUUCAACACCCAUUUCCUCAAAUCCAAUAAUUUCACAAACCCAAUUGAAUGCAAUCGCUAAUAAUUCAAACCCAUCUAAUGAUUUUCUAUCGAACGAUACGAAAAAUGAUGAAUUGGGUGUGGAGAAUUUUGAUUGGAAAUUGUGUGAGAGUUCAGUAGCAGUUGAUUAUAUACCUUGUCUCGAUAAUUGGGAGGCUAUAAAGGCGCUGAAAUCGAGGAGGCAUAUGGAGCAUAGAGAGAGGCAUUGUCCUGACCCAAGUCCAAGUUGUUUGAUUCCACUGCCUGAUGGGUAUAAACUGCAAGUUCCAUGGCCUAAGAGCAGGGACAUGAUAUGGUAUAACAACGUUCCUCAUCCUAAGCUUGUGGAAUAUAAGAAGGACCAGAAUUGGGUGGUCAAAUCUGGUGAUUAUCUUGUUUUUCCUGGUGGUGGAACACAGUUCAAGGAUGGAGUGACUAACUAUAUCAAGUCAAUUCAAACGACUUUUCCAAAAAUUGAAUGGGGAAAGCAUAUAAGGGUCAUUUUAGACGUUGGCUGCGGUGUUGCUAGCUUUGGUGGGUAUUUGCUGGAUAAAAAUGUCAUUACCAUGUCACUUGCACCAAAGGAUGAACAUGAGGCUCAGAUACAGUUUGCACUCGAACGUGGAAUCCCCGCUACUCUCUCAGUCAUUGGAACUCAAAAGCUGGCAUUUCCAGAUAAUGCAUACGAUAUGAUUCAUUGUGCUAGAUGCAGGGUUCAUUGGGAUGGAGAUGGAGGAAAGCCAUUGAUGGAACUAAACAGGAUACUUAGGCCUGGAGGGUUUUUCAUAUGGUCAGCAACGCCCGUUUAUCGGGAUGACGAAAGAGAUAAGAAAGUCUGGAAAGCUAUGGUUGCACUAACUGAAGCAAUAUGCUGGAAGGUAGUGAAGAAGACCUUUUUUGACUCAGCUGGUGUCGGGCUAGUUAUAUAUCAAAAGCCAGUUUCAUCUUCCUGCUAUGGAAACCGCAGAGAAAAUAAUCCACCACUAUGUGACCAGAACAAUAGAUCAAAUAGUUCAUGGUAUGUGUCUCUGGAUAGCUGUCUUGUACCACUCCCCACGAGUAGCACUGGCAAUACAUAUGCGUGGCCUGCACCGUGGCCCCAGAGGCUAAACAAUAAACCUGAACGCUUAUCCCAAAUAACAGAUACCGAAGAUGUUUUCGAUGAGGACACAAAACACUGGGCAGCGUUGGUCUCGGAUGUUUAUCUUGGAGGCCUUGCUAUAAAUUGGUCAAGCGUGAGGAACGUGAUGGACAUGAAUGCUGGUUACGGAGGGUUUGCCUCGGCAAUCAUUGAUCAACCUCUAUGGGUAAUGAAUGUCGUUCCCAUCAGUGGGCCAGAUACUCUCUCCAUUAUCUUCGACAGAGGGCUGAUUGGUAUAUACCAUGACUGGUGCGAGUCCUUCAAUACCUAUCCUCGGACAUAUGAUCUUCUACAUUCCAGCUUCCUCUUUGGAAAUUUAACUCAAAGAUGCGACGUGGUGGAAGUAGUUGUGGAGAUGGAUAGAAUAGUGAGACCAGGUGGAUUUGUUUUAGUUCAGGACACAAUGCCAAUGCUUAACAAGCUUAGCUCAAUUCUACAAUCACUUCAUUGGUCAGUAAAUCUGCAGCAAGAACAGUUUCUUGUUGGUAAAAAAGGCUUUUGGCGUCCACAAGUCAGAAUAUGAAAUGCACAACCUCUUUUUCCUUGUAUAUUUAUUUAUAUAUACAGUACACUUAUUUUAUCUCUUCUAUGCCUACAAAAGGGGAAAAAAUAAUCAUAGUUCUCAAGUUGAAGCAAA